ACGAAAUAUGAAAUUGGAUUUGAAGAAAAAGAGGAAAAGCCAGGCAGAUGGAGAGGAUGCAGAAGUAGUUUUCAGAGAAGAAUUAGAUGAAUUCGGACUAAGAUCUGUUAUCAAACCAGAUGACCAGCUUCAGCUUACAGAACAGGAACUCAAAGAAGAGGUGACACGUGUCCUAACGGCAACCAAUCCACAUGCACCUCAAAACAUCGUUCGAUUCAAUUUCAAAGAUUGCCAAUAUCGCCAAAUUUCUCAAGUAGACCAAGCCUCGGUGCACUUUUGGCAUGAAGGUCAUAUGUUGCUGAAGGAUUCUGAUGAAGGGAGACGCCAAAUGGCAAGGGAUGGUACACUUCCUAUUGCAGGGUCCGUUGAAGAGGAUGCAAACAAAGAGGGUGCGCUUGUUGAAACUGCUGAAGGCGUGCAACCGAAGAAAUUAACCAAUCAGUUCAAUUUUUGUGAGCGUUCUACUCAGACUUACAACAAUCCACAUCGAGAAAGGGGAAAUAUGACGGAACCUCCGCCAAGAGCCACAUUCUCUGCUAAUGUGACUCAGUGGAUCAUUUAUGACGACUAUGAGGCCGAUCAACAGAAGUUGCAAGAGAAAACCAAGGAAAAAAAGGUAGCUGGUGCACAAAAGUAUGAGGGAAAACAAAAGAAGAAGUCUUCACACGCCGACACUCUCUUGCCAAUCACAUACGAUUAUCCAUUUCAACAGAAUGACGACCUAAGUCGGUUCGCUCAACCAAUCAAGAUUUUAGAAAGAAUGAUUAAUCAGAAUACUCAUGAUGAAGUGGCGCAGGACUUCAAAUAUUACGAAGAUCCUUCAGAUGAAUACCGGGACCAAAAUGGAACCCUUUUACCCUUAUGGAACUUCGCUUUUGAAAAAGCGAGAAAACUAGCCGUGACAGCACUAUGCUGGUCACCACGCUACAAUGACUUGUUCGCAGUUGGACAUGGCUCGUAUGACUUUAUGAAGCAAUCUAAUGGACUGAUAUGUUUUUAUACCAUGAAGAAUCCGGAAUAUCCGGAGUACAUUUUUGAGACGGAUUCGGGAGUACUUUCUCUUGAUCUACAUCACGGCCUGCCGCAUAUGCUUUGUGUGGGUUUCUACGAUGGCUCAGUCGGUGUCUACAACAUUAACCAGCAUAAAAGUGGCCCACUUUAUAUGAGCACAGCAAAAACUGGAAAGCACACGGAUCCUGUGUGGGAAGUACGUUGGCAACCAAAUGAUCUCGAUGCAAACCUGAACUUCUUCUCGGUCAGUGCUGAUGGAAGAGUGACUUCGUGGACGCUUGUUAAGUUACUCAAGCUCAAUGAUUAUAAACUACUCUCCGUUGUUCAUUUUUCGUUUGUCGUUUCUAUUACGUUUAACACUGUGCUACAGGAAGGUGUGGGCUCAAUGCACGAAUGUCCAAAUGAUAUGGGUCAGUUUGAUGCGCUUGUUUUGAAAAUGGUCACGAGUUCGGGUGACAGUUCAGAGCCAUCACAGCUCAUCACUCUGGACUGUGGCACAGCGUUCGAUUUCCAUCGUACAUUACCUCAUCUGUUCCUGGUGGCCACGGAAGAGGGAAUGGUUUACAAAUGCAGCAAAGCCUACAGUUCACAAUAUUUGGGAAGCUAUGAAGCUCACCACAUGUCGGUCUACCGAGUUGCUUGGAAUCAUUUCCACCCGGACAUCUUCAUCACAUGCUCGGCUGACUGGACGGUAAAAAUAUGGGACCAUAACAAAAAGGAUCCUGUCUUUAUGUACGAUCUCGGUUCCCCUGUUGGUGACGUCGCCUGGGCACCCUACUCAUCCACCGUCUUUGCCGCUGUCACAGCAGACGGUCGUGUCCAUGUGUACGAUUUGUCUGUAAACAAAUACGAACCUUUAUGCAACCAGUUAGUUACGGCCAAGAAGAAGACAAAGCUGACCCAUUUGGCAUUCAACCCAAAAUACAGUAUUAUCAUUGUUGGCGACGAUCGUGGUCAAGUCAUAAGCCUGAAGCUUUCACCAAACCUGAGAAAGAAGCCGAAAGAAAAGAAAGGCCUGGAUCAGCCUAAAGGGCCAGAAAUGGAAAUUCGCAAGCUGGAGAAGAUCUUAAGUUUGGUCGGUUAGAUGGCCCGGUUUGUGUGUGUGUGUGUGUGUGUGAAGAACCAGUUUGGAAUGCAACGUCGAACAUCACUCAAACCGAAUGGCCUAACAUAAAUACAUGCUUAGCUAAGAA